AAAGUGGAUAAACAUGAAGUUUUGCUUCAAACUUGAACCAAUGAUAAACAUGAUUGAUUCUUAAAUGUGACGAUAAACAAUAUUAAGUUGCUACGACCGACGCUGAUUCGAGAUAGCCGAUGGAUAUCGCAUCGGUGAGAAUUAUCAUGGAUAUCUUCGUUGUAUAUAAACAUAGCCUGUUCCUAUUUUAUUUUGCACUCGUUGAAGACGCAUGACAUCCGCAUUAGAAGAAACUUAUAGUACUCUCAGCUUUAUCAAUGAUGUCAAGAGUACAUUUAUGACCUACUAAUGUCCUGAGGGAGAAUAAAGAAUAAAGGUGCCGCAUCAUUUCUUAUGGCUGAGAAAAAAACUUCUGACGAAUCACUUACCGAUGAAUCCACGGGAAAGGAAUCUGAAGAUCUUCAGCAUGCAGAUUCUAUUACCGUGGCAUCCCAAACAGAAGCAGGUCCUCCAACAGAACGUCAACCUUUUGGAGAGAAGUUUAAGCACUGGUAUGCUGACAAUUUUGAUAUUAAUGUCGGCUACUUAAAAAGUGUGAGAGGAAUACUAAAUAUAUGCCAGGUGGUUCUAAGCCUGCUAGUGUGCUCUCUUUUGACUAAUGUAUGUCGACAUACUACUACUGAUGGAACCUCUUUUCCUGGAUUCUAUUGCAAAUCAAGCGACACCUUUGCAUUUGUAAUUGGCUGCUCUGCCUUCAUACAAUCCAUUAUUUUUGUCAUGUGUUGCUUCUUCUCAGAAAAAUCAGCGAAUGCGUUGUAUAAAACUAUUUACGAGCUGACUUACUAUGUUGCUUACUCGUUCCUUUUCUUAGUAUCGAGUCUCAAUUUAUUGUCUAAUGUCUAUAGCAGAAACAGUACAAGAUAUGAGAAUGAACGUGGUUAUGGAACGAUAAAUGCUGCAGCGGUCCUUGGUCUUCUGGCUUGCGUGUCGUAUGGAAUGAGUGCUCUCUGCUUUUUAGGGUAUCACAAGAUCUCUCAGCGACCUGAAAGCUAUAAUGUCUAGUGUUCUUUUGAAAAUUGAAAAAAAAAAUAUUUUUCGGUUUUAUUCUAAGUCAUUAUACAAAAUUUCAUUAAUUGUGAUAAUAAGUAUUAUGUUAAGUCACUGAAAUAAAUGGGACUAGUUAUUUA